AUGGACUAUCUCGCCGCCCAAUUCAAGUCGAUGAGCCUCGGCCAGACCUGGGAAACGACUCUCAAAAUUCCACCAAUUUGCAAGUCCUGUGCCAAAAAAAGUUCACUGCUUAUUGUCGGGCCAAGAAACCAAAACGGCAACGCUGGGCGUCCCUAUUACAAAUGCAAACCCUGCGACAAUUUGAUCACCUUCGCCGACGACCGGGGUACGAAACUCGACGGCCCGUUAUGUGACUGCCGGGAGCCGAGCAGGCUCCAGCUCAAUGGACGUGAUCGGACGCCUGCCUUUGGCCUGCAUUGUGUGUGCAAGUAUGGGGCGUGCGACUUCUAUAGAGUGAUAGUCGGGAAGGACGGGAAGCAGCUGUUCACUUCAAAGCAGUAUUCUCUCUAUUUUGGUGCUUACCGCGAUCGCAACCGCCGCAUUUACCAUUAA